AUGUGUUCACCGUCCAAGAGGAGCCGGUGGAGGGAGGAGCUGCAGCACUUCAGGAAAGACCCCCGCUUCUCCAGGAAGGUCCUGCUCAACUGCUGCCUGGUGCGGCGCCUCAUCGCCUGGGCCUCCCCGGACGCCACAGACAGCGUUGAAGAUGAGCUUGAGCUAUCCGCAGUCCGCCAUCGCCCCGAGGGCCUGGAGCAGCUCGAGGCCCAGACCCGCUUCUCCCGCAAGGAGCUGCAGAUCCUUUACCGAGGCUUCAAGAACGAAUGUCCCAGCGGAGUCGUCAACGAAGACACGUUCAAAGUCAUCUACUCGCAGUUCUUCCCACAAGGAGACGCCUCCACGUACGCACAUUUCCUGUUCAAUGCAUUUGACACGGAUCACAACGGCAAUGUUAGUUUUGAGGAUUUCGUCAUGGGCCUCUCCAUCCUCUUGCGAGGAACCGUCCAGGAAAAACUCAACUGGGCUUUCAACCUCUACGAUAUCAACAAAGACGGAUACAUCACCAAAGAGGAAAUGCUGGACAUCAUGAAGGCCAUCUACGACAUGAUGGGGAAGUGCACGUACCCCGCCCUCAGGGAGGAGACGCCUCGUCAGCACGUGGAGGUUUUCUUUCAGAAGAUGGAUAAGAACAAAGACGGAGUGGUUACCAUAGACGAGUUCAUCGACUGCUGCCAAAAUGAUGAAAACAUCAUGAGAUCAAUGCACCUCUUUGAAAACGUUCUCUAG